UGAUAUCAGUGAUUGGACAGGAAACAAAUCCAACAUGGUGCGAUGAGAAAGACAAGAAGGUUCUUGCUUUGGCGUAAGGAAUAUUCAAAUAAAUCGACACGCCACCUCCAUUUCCAAUUUCCAAAUAUAUGGUAUGGCGUAAUCACCAAUCUCUCUUUCUUGGAAUUUAGCUCUACCUUACGCCCCAACUUCCACUCCACACCGUCCUGAAAAAGUCACAAUAAUGUAACCUGCAAUAACAGAACACACGCACAACCUUGUCUUAUAUAGGUGGCACUGUCUUAUAUAUACGCAUAACGUGAUCAGCCCCAAAAAACCAUUCAACAAUACCUUCCAAACAUAAAUUACAGUUCGAAAUUUAUCACUUUGAAGCCUUAUUUUCAAGUCCAAUAAAAUGCAAGCAAAAUCACUAUGCUCAUUUAUGCUUCUAUCAAAGCCUCCAUCAGGCAAUAUAUUGCCCCGAAGUGCACCAGUCAUUUCACAUAAAAAGAGUUUUAUAUCUGCUUCGAAAAGAGACCCGUUUGGGCAACAUUAUGAUGGCAAGUUGGUGGAUGAGAACAUGAUCAUUCUUAGAAUGCGAAUACGUGAAAUUGAGAUGGUGGAAAUGAAGACUAAAGCUCCUUCUGAUUGGACUGAAUGGGAGACAGAGAAUUUUGAAAAUUAUGGUUCGGAUAUAUGUGAUGCAGUUGGAUUGUUGCAAAGAAUGCUGAUGAACACUAGACCUAGCUUGGCUGUGGGCUCACUUGCUCUGCUUAUGAUAAGCAUGUCAAUGACUAUGUCACUACUUGUGUUUCAUCUCGUCGAAUUGGCUAAAGGAAUCAUCAUCGUAUAAUUUGUAAACGACCAACGCCAAAUGAAAAAAAUAUAUACGAAUUUAGUGCUUGACGUUACAAAUGUUAUAUGUUUAUACUUUCAUUUCACCAAUUUCAUGUGUGAAUUAGUGUAAAAAAAAAACUUGAAUACUAACAAUUUUUAAAAUUAUUCGCAAGAAGAAUGUUGCUUGUCACAAAAAGUCGUUGCAAAACAAUAUAACAGAAUAAUUUGUAACUGUA